AUGUCUCUUGCAGCGGACGCCUUUGUGUCACAAAUGGCAGCUGCUGAGCCUUGGCCUGAGAGUGCAACCUUGUACCAGCCACUGAAGGAGGAUCAGAUUUUGCUGUCAGAAUGCGCCUCAUCCCUCGCUGUGCAGGCCUACCUGCGGAUGUGUGGUUUGCCCGUGCAGGUGGUCUGCAAAGCAAAUGCCGAGUACAUGUCGCCUUCUGGCAAGAUUCCCUUUAUCCAUGUGGGAAACCAGGUGGUGUCGGAACUGGGUCCAAUAGUGCAGUUUACCAAAGCCAAGGGUCACUCUCUGAGCGAGGGCUUGGAUGACAUUCAGAGGGCCGAAAUGAAAGCAUACAUGGAGCUGGUCAACAACAUGCUGCUGACGGCUGAGCUGUACAUCCAGUGGUGUGACGACGGCACAGCUGCUGAGAUCACUCGCCCCAGGUACAGCAGCCCCUACUCGUGGCCCCUCAGCACCAUCCUGGCCUACCAGAAGCAGUGGGAGGUGCGGCGGAAGAUGAACGCCAUCGGUUGGGGAGGGAAAAACCUGGAGCAGGUUUAUGAGGAUGUGAGUCAGUGCUGUCAGGCUCUCUCGCAGCGCCUCGGAACGCAGCCUUUCUUCUUCAAUAAACAGCCGACUGAGCUGGACGCGCUGGUGUUUGGUCAUUUGUUCACCAUCCUAACCACCCGGCUGACCAGCACCGAGCUAGCCGAGCGCGUGCGGGGCUACGGAAACCUGCUGUCCUUCUGUCGGCGCAUCGAGCAGACCUACUUUGAGGACAGGACCUCCUGAAGGGGACCUCCUCCGCCCCCACACCACCAACGCACCAAACCAAACUACCAGACAUCUGUUUGUACCUAACUCGAAGCCGGUAAACUCACCAUUCACAUACCUUUAUUGCUGCUUCUGGUUCUUCUUGGACAUUCAGAAAAACACAUCUGCUGGUCCCUAAAAGAUUCCAAACAAUUUAUUUAUUAUUGUAAUUAUUAUUACUACUACUAGUCAUAGUCGCACUUAGUUUUUUCAAUAUUCCAAAGUGACAAGUGUCUCCUCCUUACUAUGGACAAGAAAAACAUUGCAUGACUAUAAUGAUGAAGAGUAUUACGUUUUCUUUUUGUGAAUGUAAGGUGCCUGUAAAAUAAAAUUGAUUGUAUCAAAUGAGAA